AGCCACCGUUCGGAGGUGGUUGUUGGCAGUCCGGUAACCGGGAAGAAAGGUUGAGUGCUACGCCUCGACGACAGCGCCUCGGAGCUGCAGGGGCAGCACACACAGGGCAGGGUGUCCCGUUUAGGCCUGACUGACUGGACACCUGCCCUGGAGCCAUGGUCCAUGCCUUCCUCAUCCACACCUUGAGGGCCCCUUGUGCUGAGAACUCAGCCUUUUGCCGAGUGCUGUAUUCCUGCGUCUUUGGCACUGAGAAGUCACCUGAUGACCCACGGCCACAUGGUGCUGAGAGGGACAGGCUUCUCCGCAAGGAGCAGAUUUUGGCGGUGGCCAGGCAGGUGGAGUCAAUGUGCCAGCUGCAGCAGCAGGCAUCUGGCAGACCCCCCAUGGACCAGCCCCAAUCCUCAGAUGAGCCAGUGCCUCUGCAUGAGGCUCCAUGUGGGGCCUUCCGCCUGGCUGCAGGAGACCCCUUCCAGGAGCCUCGGACAGUGGUGUGGCUGGGCGCGCUCUCAUUAGGCUUCGCCCUGGUGCUGGAUGCCCACGAGAACCUGUUGCUGGCUGAGCGCACGCUCCGGCUGUUGGCUCGCCUCCUCCUUGACCACCUCCGACUGCUGGCCCCUGGUGCCAACCUCUUGCUGCGGGCUGAUCGCAUCGAGGGCAUCCUCACCCGUUUCCUGCCCCAUGGUCAGCUGAUUUUCCUCAAUGAGCAGUUCGUCCAGGCCCUGGAGAAGGAAUUUAGCGUUGCUUGGCCCCGCUGAUUCCUUGUCAGAAUGGGACUUCCUGAGAGGGCAAAGUGGAAGGACAGAGGCUGGACACAGCCAGGUGAAGGGUGACAAUUGCCUCCUGCCCAGUGUGUUCCCAGCUCUGAUGUGCUGCCACACCUGGGACAAGUAGGCUGCACAGAGGGUAGAGGAGAUGAUGUGUCUGUCCUCAGGUUGGUGGAAGCACAGAACGUCCUGAGCCUAGAGCCACCAUGUGACUUUCAGACGGCUGUGUUGUGUCGGCCAUGCCUGUCCUUAAUCUGGCCUCAACAGCUGCUUCUGUGGGAGCUGUCAGGAGGAGCUGCCAGGAACUUAGUCCACUGUCUCCUUCCAAACUCAGCCUUUGCAACACGGAAGGGGUCUCAGAGAACUGUGCAUGCACCUUGGCAGGCCCCGGCCCCUGCCUUUGUGUCUACUUAGGCAGUAUCAUCAAGGAUUUUGUCAGCAAGGGCCUGCUUGGUGUCCAGCCCCACCACAGUUCAGAAAUGCAUGAGUCAUUCAGCAGGAUUCUGUAGCUCCUUCUGUGCCAAGCCCAUGCCCACGCAGCAGGUCUCAGAUAAGAUCAUCACAGCCUUCCCUCAUCUGCAGGGAGAGAAGGUACCAUCAGAUGAAUGCAAGAGAUCUGGUCCGGUGCUCGCUUCGGCAGCACAUAUACUAAAAUUGGAACGAUACAGAAAAGAUUAGCAUGGCCCCUGCGCAAGGAUGACACGCAAAUUCGUGAAGCGUUCCAUAUUUAAAAAAAAAAAAGAGAGAGAUCUGGUCCGAUGACAUUGUCUUUCUCAUUUUGAAUUAAAAGCGCUGGAUGUAUGAUUUCACCUUCUCUUUCUGUGAAUUUGAUGAAUGCAAUCUGCUCUUACUAGAGAGCACCUCUAGAUGGGCCCCAAGCUGGGCAUCUGAGCCCUUGUGGUCAAAUGUCCCCCUAAGAGGCUAUUCCAUCCCUUGUCCUCCAUCUCCCUCUGUCUCUGUAUGUGCCUCUCUUGGAUGGUGGUGCUAUGACAAGGCUUGGUGCAGGUGCUUUAUGUGGGAGGUGAUGCCAGGAAGCAGGAGGGCAUCCCAUGCAGGUGCCUCAUCAAGCUCAUCAGGCCGUGGGUGGCAGCUGGUGUUCUGGGGGAGGGGGGUGUGGGUGUGGAUGUGACUGUGUAGUCAGUGGUUGUGGGCUGAUCCCAGGGUACUUACAUUCCCUGUUUUUUUCUGCCCUUAGGCAGUGUGGGGUUGGGCCUGUCUGCACCUUAAUGAGGCCCAGUGGGGUACGAGUUAGGUACUGAACACUGAUUAUUAGGAGGUCUUUAAUCAGCGGCUACUAGUGAUGUUUUAAAAUUAUUCAGUUGGGAAAAAACUCAGUUUUAUGCCCAUUUUCGUGAGCUGCCUGUUAACAAGGAGGGUGGAGAUUUCUUGGUAUCAGCAGAAUGAACCUCCCAGGGGGUCAGGGUGCAGGUGUCAGCCUAUUUGGUUCUUGCCAUGAGUCAUUUGCCUUUUGGCACCCAGGAUAGACCCACCAUAUCCACUUAGGAGGUACAUCGAUGAUAAGUCUGUAGCCAAGGCCACCAGCCAUGCCAGGCCUUCCACCACCACUGUCACUGUCACUGAGUCUACACCUCCUUAUCUAUCUUAAGGUUCCACAAAUUAUCCCAUGACAUUGAACACCUAAAGGGACAUGAGUCUGUGUGGCCAAGCCACACCACCGGAAAUGUUCUACAGGUUCCCAGUGGGAACGCCCCUGCCCUGUACUGCUGCUGUCCUGGGGCUGCUCCUGUCCUCACUCCAGGCUGGCAAUCCUGGCAGACCAGCCAUGUUCUCCCAGAGACAGGCCCUUCUGGCCUCAGUGGAAAGAUUCACACUUGCUGGUCUAAAUUCUUUUCUGCCUGUAUUUCAAACUGAACGUAAAAAAGAGGUUAAGACCCUGCUUCUUGCAGUCUGUGGAAGUUAAGGUUAGGUGUGACUUGUGGCCUUGGUUCCCUUUGGGGGAGAAACAUGCACAGAGAGCGGCAGAGUCUGAGACUAUGCCCUGGGCUCCUGGGCCCUUGGUCUCCUGGUCUCUCUUGCUCUGAAUGCCCCACUGGACCAGGGUUUCCUUAACCCCAUGAGCUCCCCCACACCCUCCCUGCAUUCUCCCACUCCACUGCAGCUUCUUACCUCAUACUCACUGAGCCUGCCACUCUGCUGGGCGCUACGCAGGGUGCAGAGAUGUCCCCAGGAUUCUAGGAGAUAAAGGUAUGCUGGAUGACUGAAGACCAGCAAGAUUUGGUUAUACCUGAACUGAUGCUUUCAUUGUCCAGAGGAGGAAAAGGGGGCACCUUAGUGAAGAAGACUCAGCAAAGAAGCCAGAAUUUAGGACUAAAAUUAUGAUUGUGACAGACCAAACUUGCUUCCCUUUCCAAGCCUCCUCCCUCUCCACUCCCUGCCCCAAGCCACACAACCCUCCUUCCCUGAAAAUGCUGGUGACUUUGAGCAGCUGGUGUUGAUACCAGAGCACCUCCAUGAAUGCUUCUGGGACAAUAGAAAGAUGACAGAAGGGAGGGGAGCUAGGGCAUGGGGAGCUCAACUGAGGGAGAAGGGGGUCAUAAGUUUCAAGCUAGAAGUGGCCUGGGCACAUGUGGGUCACUAGUUGGAAGGGGGGUGGGCCCUGGGACAGAGUCACCAUAUCUCCUUUAAAGCAGGGUGGUUUUAUUCUAGCCCUGGAGCACUGCACACUGCUAUUUAGUAUCCCUCAGGGCUCAAUCUUUCCUUUUCCUUUUUUUUUUUUUUUUUAAAUAGAGGCAGGGUCUUGCUGUUGCUCAGGCUGGUCUUGAACUCCUGAGCUCAAGCAGUACUCCCGCCUCAGCCUCCCAGCAUGCUAGGAUUACAGGCAUGAGCCAUUGCAACUGGCCUUAAUCUUUCCUUUUAAACACUUACAUAUUUUAUUGUAAAUGCAGUUAACAAAUUUUGUUGGCAAGAUACAACACUAAGUGACCCCUUUAUCAAAGUUCUUUAUGUUUAUUCCUGCAAUGGAAGUGGCCUUGACUGUUUUUUUUGUUUGUUUGUUUGUUUUUGAGACAGAGUCUCACUAUGUCGUCCUUGGUAGAGUGCCAUGGCGUCAUGGCUCACAGCAACCUCAAACUCUUGGUCUUAAGUGAUUCUCUUGCUUCAGCCUCCCAAGUAGCUGGGACUACAGGCACCUGCCACAACACCCAGCUUUUUAUUUGUUGUUGUUGUAGUUGUCGUUGUUUAGCAGGACCAGGCCGGGCUCAAACCCACCAGCCUCAGUGUAUGUGGCCAGCGCCCUAAUCCAGCAUCCUGGGUUAUGGAAGCCUAACCUUUGACUGCGUAUUUUUCUUAAGGAGUCUUUGUUAACUUUUAGAGCAAUUUUAGGUUCACAGCAAAAUUGAGCAGAAUGUGCAAAGGGUUCAUAGUUCUUCCCCACCCUCAUACAUGCGCAAGCCUCCCUGUUAUCAACACUAGGCACCAGAGUGGUACAAGUGAUGAACAUACACUGGCAACUCAUUAUCACCCAAGUCUGUAGUUUACACUAGCGUUCACUCUGUGUUGUGUAUUCUGUUGGUUUGGACAAACGCAUAAUGGUAUAUAUCCACCACUGUGGAUCUGCAUCAUUCAGAAUAGUUUCAUUGCCCUAAAAUCCAUGUUCCACCUAUUCAUCCCUCCCAGCCCCGAACCACAGGCAGCCACUGAUCUUUUUUACUGUCUCCGUAGUUUUGCAUUUUCCAGAAUGUCUUAUCAUUGAAAUCACAUGGUAAGUAGUCUUUUCAGAUCAGCUUCUUUCACUUAGUGAUAGCCUUUAAGGUUCCUCCAUGUCUUUUUGUGGCUUGAUUGCCAAUUUUUUAAAGAAUGCUGAAAGAUAUUUCAUUGUGCAGAUGUGCCAAAGUUUAUUCAUUCACCUACUGAAGGACAUUUUGGUUGCUCCCAAGUUUUGGGAAUUAUGAAUAAA